AAUUUUUGAGGGCUUGUCAAGAAGAUGGCGGCUUCCUGGGCGGCAUGAAAAGAUGUAGAGUUAGCAAAAUCUACGGUGAAAGGUGUACCCAGGGUUGAAUUCGUUUUCUGAGUCCUCCCUCGAGAUUUUUUUUUGUAAAUUAACAAAUCGGAACGAGGCUGUGCAUGGGAUUUCUGUCUCGCUAGAGAAGUAGAAAUGGCUUCUUCAGGCACCAAGGCCUCUGGACCUGCGGUUCUGCAGCCGCGCUGGAAGAGAGUUCUGGGCUGGUCCGGCCCGGUUCCUCGCCCGAGACACGGACAUCGAGCUGUGGCCAUUAAAGAGUUGAUGGUGGUAUUCGGCGGAGGGAAUGAAGGGAUUGUGGAUGAGCUGCACGUCUAUAACACAGCCACCAAUCAGUGGUUUAUUCCUGCUGUCCGGGGUGACAUUCCUCCUGGAUGUGCCGCUUAUGGGUUCGUUUGCGAUGGCACCAGACUUCUGGUAUUCGGUGGUAUGGUCGAGUAUGGAAAGUACAGCAACGACCUUUAUGAACUACAGGCAAGUAGAUGGGAGUGGAAACGGUUGAAGCCCAAAGCUCCUAAAAAUGGACCCCCACCAUGUCCCCGUCUGGGUCACAGUUUUUCUCUCGUUGGAAACAAAUGUUAUCUGUUUGGUGGACUGGCUAAUGACAGUGAGGAUCCCAAAAACAAUAUUCCAAGAUACCUAAAUGACUUGUACACACUGGAGCUGCGCCCAGGGUCAAACAUAGCAGGCUGGGACAUCCCCAUUACAUACGGUGUCCUGCCGCCUCCUCGUGAGAGCCACACUGCCGUUGUCCACACGGAGAAAACGUCCAAGAAGUCUCGCCUCAUCAUCUACGGUGGUAUGAGUGGAUGCCGCCUUGGAGACCUCUGGACUUUAGACAUAGAUACUUUGACCUGGAACAAACCGACUAUAAGUGGUACAGCUCCUCUGCCCCGGAGUCUCCAUUCUGCCACCACUAUAACCAACAAGAUGUUUGUGUUUGGUGGAUGGGUUCCUCUUGUUAUGGAUGAUGUCAAAGUGGCAACCCAUGAGAAGGAAUGGAAAUGCACUAACACAUUGGCAUGCUUAAAUCUAGACACAAUGUGUUGGGAAACAAUCUUGAUGGACACAUUAGAGGAUAAUAUCCCAAGAGCGAGAGCUGGACACUGUUCUGUAGCUAUUAACAACAGGCUAUACGUCUGGAGUGGCAGGGAUGGCUACCGCAAAGCCUGGAACAACCAAGUUUGCUGCAAGGAUCUGUGGUAUCUGGAGACAGAUCGCCCACUGCCACCGUCACGAGUCCAGUUGGUCCGUGCCAACACAAACUCUCUUGAGGUGAGCUGGGGGGCAGUGCCCACUGCUGACACAUACCUGCUACAGCUGCAAAAAUAUGACAUCCCUGCUGCGACCGCUGCCACUUCUCCGACUGUCACCCCUUCUCUACCCGUCAACUCGCCCAAGAGUCCUGUGCCCGCAGCUGCUGCGCCUGCAGCUCAAAGCAUGCCCCUGUCUGGGGUCACGCUGGUGCCACAAAGUCCUUCACCCACCACCUCAAUUCCAGGCAGCCCACUAGCAGCUUCACCUCGUGGACCAGCUAUUCUUAAAGUGGCAGCACCUCAUUCAGCAACUGGGGCUUCGCUCGUUACUGUGCGUCAGGCAACACCAGGGGCCAAAUCCCCAGUCACAGUUACAUCACUUCCUGCUGGAGUUCGCAUGGUUGUCCCAGCACAGAGCACCCAGGGAACACCAAUUGGCAGCAGCCCUCAAAUGAGUGGCAUGGCUGCUUUGGCUGCAGCGGCAGCUGCCACGCAGAAAAUCCCGCCCUCGUCCGGAACCACUGUGCUAAAUGUUCCAGCAGGAGCCACCAUCAUGAAAACUGUUGCUGUGACUCCAGGAUCCACAACUUUGCCGGCCACUGUCAAAGUAGCUUCGCCUGUUAUGGUUACCAACCCUGCUACCAGGAUGCUAAAAACCGCAGCUGCCCAGGUUGGCACUUCAGCCAUCUCUACGCCCAACACCCCUACUCGGCCCAUCAUCACCGUACACAAAUCUGGCACAGUGACUGUGGCUCAGCAGGCCCAGGUUGUCACCACUAUGGUUGGAGGAGUCACCAAAACCAUAACCCUGGUUAAGAGCCCAAUUACCAUGGGUAGUGGUGGCACUCUGCUCUCCAGCCUUGGGAAGAUGAUGUCCGUGGUUCAGACCAAACCAGUACAAACCUCUUCAGUGACUGGGCAGGCUGGAAACAGUCCUGUCACUCUAAUACAGACAAAGACUCCUCUGCCCGCUGGUACCAUUCUGAAGCUGGUGACAUCUGCAGAUGGCAAGCCCACAACCAUCAUUACAACGUCCCAGGCAGGAGGAACCGGCACCAAGCCAACUAUCCUGGGCAUCAGCAGCGUCUCUCCGAACACAACUAACAAACCAGGCACAACCUAUAUUAAAACCAUUCCCAUGUCUGCCCUUCAGCAAGGAGCAACAGGUGUGACCAGCAGUGGUGGCAUCAAGUCUCCCAUCACAAUUAUCACCACCAAGAUGGUCACUCCUGGCACGGGCACACCAGGCAAAAUCAUUACAGCUAUGCCUAAGCUGACGGGUACAGGACAACAGGGGGUCACGCAGGUGGUCUUGAAGGGGGCACCUGGGCAACCGGGCACCAUCCUACGUACAGUUCCCAUGGGUGGAGUGCGGCUAGUUUCACCGGGCACUGUGUCAGCUGGGAAACCAACUGUUACGACACUUGUCGUCAAGGGCACCACGGGUAUGACAACUCUGGGUACAGUGACCAACACCGCAUCCUCCAGCGUGGUGGGUGCCAACGCCAGCCUUGCAACUCCUGCUACCACCCUUUCCACCAUUGCUACGCUGUCCAACCAAGUUCCUGCAGCUAUCACUGUACCUGCUGCACAGACCAGCCUCGCCACAGCCACGAUACAAUCUGCUCCACAGCCUACUACAGUUACUUUGAUCACAACACCAAGUGGUGCCGAGGCCCAACCUGCACCGGACCUUCCUGUUUCCAUCCUGGCAUCACCCACCUCCGACCAGCCCUCCAACACUGGUGCAGAUGCUGGUGAUGGUGCUGGCGAUGGUACAGCUACCGUGACUUUGGUCUGCUCUAAUCCACCGUGUGAGACCCAUGAGACCGGAACGACCAACACUGCUACGACUGCUGCUGCCAAGAUUUGUUCCAACCCCCCGUGCGAAACGCACGUAACGGGCACUACCAACACAGCCACGACCGCCUCGGCCAACAUGGGUGCUGUACAGCAGGUGUGCACCAACCCACCUUCAGAGACCCAUGACACGGGCACUACCAACACGGCCACCACUGCCAGCUGCAAUAUGGGCUCUACAGAAAUGGGCACAGUUGACAGCAAACCAGGGGCUUCUACGUCAGGUGAGUCCACAGCUUCUGGUACGGACCCAGCUGAACCCGCCUCAGAGAACGGUUCUGCGUCUGGCUCCAUGCGUCCUGAGAAUGCCCGCACAGGGACCACCAACACCUCCACCACUGCCCGCUCUAAUAUGGGUUCUGAUCAGACAGGAACAGUUCAAAGCUCCAGCAAGAGCCAAGCUGCAAUUUCUUCCACGGUUAUGCCUCUCUCUACCAGCCCUUCCUCUGAGACACUUGAGACGAGCACCCCAGAUGCUUCAUCUAAUGUGGAAGGUGUUAAACCGGUCUGUUCAGAUCCACCUUCUGAAACGGGCACAACCAAAACUUCUACACAAUCAACCUCUACUGUGGGCAGUGGGGAGGCCAAUGUGGUGCAAAAGGUGUGCUCCAAUCCACCCUGUGAGACCCACGAGACGGGCACUACCAACACGCCGACCCAAGCUUCAUCGCCAAGUGGCGCUGGACAAGAUGGCACUGUGCAAAGGGUGUGCUCCAAUCCACCAUGUGAAAGCCCCGAGACGGGCACUACCAACACGCCGACCCAAGCUUCAUCGCCAAGUGGCGCUGGACAAGAUGGCACUGUGCAAAGGGUGUGCUCCAAUCCACCAUGUGAAACCCACGAGACUGGCACUACCAACACGCCCACCCAAUCCUCAUCUACCAUGGGUGCUGGACAAAAUGACACUGUGCAAAGGGUGUGCUCCAAUCCACCCUGUGAAACCCACGAGACGGGCACUACCAACACGCCCACCCAAUCCUCAUCUACCAUGGGCGCUGGACAAAAUGACACUGUGCAAAGGGUGUGCUCCAAUCCACCCUGUGAAACCCACGAGACUGGCACUACCAAUACGCCCACCCAAUCCUCAUCUACAAUGGGCGCUGGACAAAAUGGCACUGUGCAAAGGGUGUGCUCCAAUCCACCCUGUGAAACCCACGAGACGGGCACUACCAACACGCCGACCCAAUCCUCAUCUUCUAUCGGUGCCGAUGAGAAUGGCACCGUGCAAAGAGUGUGCUCCAAUCCACCCUGUGAAACCCAUGAGACGGGGACUACAAAUACAGCCACUACGGCUACUAGCAGCUUAGAAACUGGAGAUGGAGCAGCUGAACAGGGUGGUGAGGGACAGGUUGACAGUGGAAUCAGUUCAGAACCCACAUCCUCUACAGAACCAGUCAAUCCUGCAACACAAAGCAGGGCCAUCACCACAGUGACACAGGCCACGCCCACUCCAGGACCAGCAGUACCGGAGAUCUCCUCCAUGGCCAGUUCAGCAGUUGUGGCUGAGGUUCCCGAGGUUCCAGGUGAGGCAGAGGCCAUGGAGCAGACAAGUGCAGAGGCUGUAGCAGCCGAACAGGAGCCAAUGCAGACAGAGUGCCAGGGGGAACUGGGUGAAGAAACAGCCAUCAGGGUGGUUGCCAUAGACGAAAGUGCAGGGGCCGAUGAGGGCACCGUGCUUCAGGUUCAUGUUGCCAUGGAAGCGCAACCAGGCCAAGGAGACCAGGCUGAGCAGAUGGAUGCUGGUGUGGAGGGCGCAGAAGCGAUGAGUCUCGCACCUCAGGACUCUGAAGCCCUCGCUCUACCCCAGGAGCUGAUGUCUGCAGAAGGUCAGCAAACCACCCUCAUGGUGACCGGACUGACCCCAGAGGAGCUGGCUGUGACUGCAGCUGCGGAGGCUGCGGCGCAGGCAGCCGCUUCAGAGGAGGCCCAGGCCCUCGCCAUCCAGGCUGUACUACAGGCGGCUCAACAGGCUGUGCUCAGUGGAGAUGCAGGACAUGACCAGCAGCCAACCACCAUCCCCAUCGUCCUGACGCAGCAGGAACUUGCAGCUCUCGUUCAGCAGCAGCAACAGUUGCAGGAGGCGCAGGCGGCAGCAGCCCAACAGUUGAGUGCCGAAGCGGCUGCGGCUGCACUGCCCACCGAAGGUUUAGCACCGGCAGACAGCCUCAACGACCCGGCGUCUGAGAGCAACGGUCACGAGAUGGCGGCCGCUGUUACAGCAACUGUGGCCCGUCUUCUACCACGCGCUUCUGCUGAAACUCUGGCCCCGUCGAUUACUUUCGCACCAUCCCAGCCGUUGGUGGUCGCCAGCCCUGCCAAGAUGCAAGCAGCCACAGCUUUGACCGAGGUGGCCAAUGGAAUUGAGUCUGCAGCUGGGAAGCAAGAUGCCCCUCCGGUUGUGGUGAAGCCGCCGGUGAAGAAAGAGAAUCAGUGGUUUGACGUUGGAAUCGUCAAAGUGACAAACAUGGUUGUCACUCACUAUUAUGUGCCGGCAGAUGAUUCUGCGGUUACUGAUGAUGAUUCUGGUACGGUGCCGGACUACAGCAAGAUGAAGAAGAUCGAAUUGUCUCCUGGCACAGCUUACAAGUUUCGUGUAGCGGGCGUCAAUGCGUGCGGCCGUGGAACGUUCUCCGAGGUCUCUGCGUUUAAGACCUGCUUACCCGGCUUCCCCGGAGCACCGUGUGCCAUCAAAAUCAGCAAGAGCCCUGAUGGUGCCCAUCUGACCUGGGAGCCUCCUUCAGUCACAUCAGGGAAGAUCAUCGAGUACUCUGUGUAUCUGGCCAUCCAGAGCUCACAGACAGUCGAGGCGAAAGUGUCCGCUCCGGCGCAGCUCGCCUUUAUGCGGGUGUACUGUGGACCUAACCCAUCGUGUCUGGUGCAGUCAUCUAGUCUCUCCAACGCCCACAUCGACUACACCACCAAACCCGCCAUCAUCUUCCGCAUUGCUGCACGUAAUGAGAAGGGUUAUGGCCCCGCCACGCAAGUCAGGUGGCUUCAAGAAACCAGUAAAGAUGGCUCGGCAGCCAAACCAGCAGCAAAGAGACCCGUCUCGUCACCUGACAUGAAAGGCACUGGUCCAAAGAAAGCCAGAUCUGACCAGUGAGAGAGCUCUGACCCCGCCCUCCUUUGAGCUGAACCGUGACUAAAACUCCACUUCCUGCUGAAUGACCUUCUUGUCUUCUUCCAUGCUCUCCCCAUUCCAUCCUCCACAACAGGAAACGGGAGCCAAAAAUAGGAUGUAGUUCCGACUAAAAAGGAUAUCCAUCCGAGGAAAAUCAGCUCCCAUCACUGGACAUUAUGGUGCCAUGGACGCCAACUGUAUUUAUUAAACCAAUCAUAAUUGUUCCUUCCUCAGAGUCAAAAGCACAUGCAUUUGCUUUUCCUGACAGUUUUGUGUAAAAAGAUUUCAAUGGCAGCGUUCAGUUUAGUAUUCACCCAUCAUAUGGUUUUAUUUUUACGCUUCUUUCAAUACAAGCAAUAGAUAACAAAAUUAACAUUUGCUCUUUUGUCGAUGUUUUCAUUAUUUGAACAAGUCUGUAUAUUUCAACCUUGUGCUGAAACCAUGCAAAGGAAACGGACGGAGCGCAGACGACAACGACUUCACUGGGAAACGCGUGGUUGAAAACGAUUCAAAUGAAAACGAACAGCACUUGGUGACGCUUGAGAGGGAAAAGACUCUGUAAUUAUUCAUUCAUUCACUGAGAGUUCAGUAGCUUCGUUUUACAUCACUGUGUGUUCAUACGUUUGCUGUGAGGAUCAGAAUCGAGGAGCGUAAUGCUGAAGAUACAAAGACUUCAACCCAUGUAGAUGAAAUCAUACUACUUUUGCAUUACGUCAACUAUAUCUUGUAUAAAGAGCGAAAAUCCCAAAAAUAGUAAAUGGUGAUACAGGAGUUCAUUGUGUGUGGUUUAUUUUUGUUGUUAUUUUUUUAAGAAAAGGUCUCUUCUUGUGUAUGUGUGCUUCAGAGCGACGUUUUAAAAACCUCACACCUCUCCUGAACAUGUCACCGGGUCAUUCCUAAAGUCUUUUUGAUUGGGGAAUUGAUAAGUGGUGGCCACGGUUUUCAUAUCCCAUGUUCAUUAGAUUUCAACUUUUUUGGGGGAAGUGUGGUGUAUAAUGUAUGUAUUUGUUUUGAAGAAUUUCCCACAACCAAGCUUGAUGAAAGUCUCUCUCUUUCUUUUCCCCCAUACAUUUUUAUUCUUUGGCAUUUAUUGGAGCCUUCAUCAGGAAAAAGAUGCUUUUAUUUUAAUCCUUGUCAUCCUUUCACUAGUUUAUAGUUUGUGUAAAUUAAAUUUCUCAAUCUGACCUUUCUUUUAUUUCAUGUGUUGGUAGACAUGAAUUUGAGAGUCUACUCCGAUGGACUGGGAUGUUUGGAGAUGUUGGCCUGUGUAAAUGCUGUAGUGAUGGAGUUUUAUGAAAGGUUUGACGAGUGUCGAAACAGUUUUUUUCUGUUUCUCCAAUGGUUGACAAACGUUCGAGACGGAUUGAUGGCUUAGCCGGAGCGUGAACUCGGUUGUAAAUUAGUUCUUUCACGUAGCAAGACGUAAUACAAAAAAACUCUUUGCCUUUUUUAUAUAAUUAUCUGUAACAAAAUGUUUUUACAUGUUGUCACUUAUGAUUGCUUUUGUGUCUUGACAUAUAAAAGUAAUGGAAUUCUGUG